AAAAUAUUUUACAAUGUUUUCUUUAAUAUUGUCAUUAUUUGAUACAAUUUGUACGACAUCUGUCAAAUUAAUAUAUUUAUCAUGUAUUAUAUUAAUUACAAUUAAUCUAUUAAGAAGAUUCCGAAAGAAAAUCCUGAUUAGCAGCCAUGGAAAAGCGGUACUCAUAACAGGUUGUGACACCGGGUUUGGGCACCUGUUGGCGCUGAGCCUAAACGAGCGGGGAUUCCGUAUAUUCGCCACUGUUUACGACCCAAACAGCGAUGGCGCCAAAAAACUGGCCACCAGUUGUCGAUUCCCGGACCAAAUGGUUGUCAUUAAAAUGGAUGUCACCGAUGAUAACGACGUGAGACAGGCCUACAGCGCCGUAUCGAGCGAUCUCCAGGAGCACAAGUGCUCGCUGUGGGCAGUGGUCAACAACGCCGGCUAUAUGUUGUCCAGUCUUGUAGAGUGGGGACAAUUGCAAACCUAUGAACGCAUAUUUCAGGUCAACGUGUUUGGUGUGGUUCGGGUCACCCGUAUAUUCUUGCCUCUAAUUAAACAGUCUAAAGGUCGAGUGGUGAACGUGUCGAGUGUGUUGGGCCUAUUCGUGAUGUCAAACCUAUCCGCCUAUUGUAUGACCAAAGCCUCUGUAAUACGCUUUUCGGACACAUUGCGCAAAGAGAUGGCCCGUUUCGGUGUACGGGUGGCCACUAUAAUGCCGGGCGGUUUCUCGUCCACCGGUUUGUUCGCCGGUAUAUUAUCGCUGGUGGACAAGACGUGGGCCGAGACGGACGACACUGUGAAGAGCAGUUACGGACAGAAAUACUUUGACGACUGGAAGAAAGGGAUGCAAAAGGGAUUGGAUUCCGAUAUAAACGGCAAUAACUCUUAUAUUGUGGUCAACGAUAUGGUGGACGCCGUGAUGGACGUCGAGCCCCGCAAUAAUUACCAACCCAUACAGGGGACUUCAUUGACCGUCCCGUUGGCGCUGAUUGGCGGCCACUAUUGGCUUCAGACACACCGUCGGCGACAGCGCUCGCCAACCGAUGGCCCGGUGUUUGGCUUCAGAAGUGCGGCUCUGUUUGGAUACGACGACAAAGACUCGCCGCCGAGGACUGACUCAAUACACGACACGUGUAAACAGGCGUUCAGUUCAGUGGUGGGCGUCGAGCCGUUGCCGAAGCCGUCGUCGACGACAGGCAAACAACAGCCGCGCAAACAGAGCGACGAGAAGUGCCGGAGCUCUGGCUUUAUAGUGAAAGACGAGUCCAUUUUGAACGGCUAUGUGAUUACGACCGCUCGGGCGACGGCGCAGACUCGCGACGUGAACAUCAUCUGCACCGACGGCCAGAGACGGACGGGUAAAGUGGUGUAUAUGGAGGCGCACCUGGACUUAGCGCUCAUCGAAGUGACCGCAACGGGUUCGCCGCUCAGUUCAGCCACCGAUGACGCGGCGAUGGCGGCGCCCAAUGGCAUAGAACUGGUGGACUCGGAUGAGCUGAAGAACGGCCAACAGGUGGUGGCGGUGAGCAGCGAGUCCGGCCAUCACACCAUCAGCGCCGGUGUGAUCAACACAACCAAACGGUUGGGCAAAGAUAUACCCCGACUGCGGGAACCGUUGGACCCGAACACGCAUUACAUCCAACACACGGCUCUGUUCGCCACCGAGAGGUGUGGCGGCGCUCUACUCGAAGGCACCGGCAAAUUGGCCGGCAUUUACUCCUACGUCAGGCCCGACACACAGUUUAAGCUCUUCUAUGCCAUUCCCAGUAAUGUUAUUAGAGAGUUUAUGACACGAGGAAAGCAAUACUUGGAUCUGAUGUCCAAAUUGAAGGCAAAUCCCAAAUUCCUCGACAAUUAUCUCGAAAAAUCCAAAUGA